AUGCGGAGCGGGCAGCGUGCGCUGGGAGCGGGCUCGCGGGCCCCGGCCCCGGCCCGGGCCCGGGCGGACGGGGAGCUGUGCGGGGCGCUCAGUCAUACAUCUGGUAACAAAAGACAAUCCAGUUCUUUGACUGACCUCAUAUUGGACAGCACCUGGGAUCAGCAAAAGCCUCACUUGUUUCCUAAAUCCUACUUGAGGCCAAAGAGCGCGUCAUCUCCCGGGAUCCCUUCCAUCACCAUCCCUCAGCCCUUCAAGAUGACACUGCGGGAAGCUCACAGAAAGUCCCAGGUGAUGAAGUCUUACGUGUUUCUUGAACUAGACAAACAGCGAGACAAAAGGCAAAGCCAGGAUGAAGCAGAAUGUCAAAAACAGUUCCGGGCACAGCCUGUACCUGCCCAUGUGUUUCUGCCUCUUUAUGAGGAAAUAAUGGAACAGAAUGAGAUUCGCAGGCAAAUAGCAACACAGAAAAGAAAGGAGCUGCUACUUUCAAGUCAGCGGCCCUUCAGUUUUCUGGAGAAGGAGGAGAAGAAGAAAGAAGCUAUCAGACAGAAGUUGCUGGCAGCAGCAACCCUAAAUAAGAGCUCCAAGAAGAAGCAAGUCAGUAGAAAAGUCCCCAAGUCUACAUAUGACCCACUUCUUGGAGAUAAACUCAAAGAAGCUGAACUCUACAGAGAAAUCCGCAUUCAAAUGAGAGCCAAGGAUUUGCUGGAAGGCUCCGUAGCUCCUAUUGAUACUGGCACCUCACAGAGGAAGCCUCGGUCCCGAACUGCUACUAAAACUAAGCAAGAACGGCUUGGCUUCUUGCAGGACAAAAGCUUCAGCUUCAAGCCAAGGAUUAAUCCAACAGUACCAGACUUCGAAGGACUUUACUGGGCAUUUCAGAGAGAAGCAAUAAGGAGACGAGAAAUCAAAGAGGCAACUCGUAAUAAGCCAUUUAAACUAAGAACAUCCAAUCUCCGCUGCAGGCAGAGGCAGGCUAAUGAAAAGAUAAAGGAUUCCCAGCAACUUUCCAAGGUUUCCAUGCAAAAAAGUCAUUCUUUGACCAGACUUUCCUCUCUUUCUUCCAAUACCCUUCCAGUACAUAUUACAGAUGCAACAAGGAAAAGAGAAUCUGCUAUUAGAUAUUCCCAAGACAACAAAAAGGAAAGGGACAAAGAAGGAAAUAACUGGCUGGAGAAACACAAAAAGAAGUGUCAAGCUAUCCAUAAAUCACUGAAUAGCCGAGCAAAAGCCCUGGAUCCACAUAAAACUUUAGAGAAAACGCAUGAAGAGAAGGCAAAACAGAAUUGGCAAAGUAUCAGAGAAAGAACAAAAGAAUACAGAAAGGAGCUGGAAGAAAUGCAGCUGCGAGUCAAGAACAGACCAUACCUCUUUGAACAGGUCACUAAGCAUGAUGCUCGUCAAGAAGCAGAGCGUCGCUACAGACAUACCCUCCAGCAGGUUGGGCUAAGCGAAGAAUUUGUAAGGAAAAAAGGAAAGGAUGCCACUGACUUUCUGGAAGAAGACUCUAACAUUCACAGAGCACCGAAGCCUCGGGGUGAAAAGGACAUCAGUACUGCAGAGGAAGGAGAGCUUCAAGAGGAACAAAGAGGAAAGGAGGUGGCAACGUAAGACUUAGCAGAAGACUCCAUCGAUCAUCUCUUGGCUAUUUUUUAAUUUAAGAUUCUCAGGUUAAUCCUCAGGAACAUAUUGUUCUAGGAUAACACCUAAGAAAUAACACCUAAGAAUUGCACUGGUGUGAAAUGCAAGAAUUUAGUCACUGGGGCGAGAGGCAAGAACUUAAAAAGAAAGAUUAACUCUUGUUUAGAGCACUUUUUGUCCAACCUAACAAACUCUGCAGCCUCCCUUAGUCCUCACAAGUGUUCCUCAUGUGAACUAUUCCCUGUCUUUCAAGAAUCUGCCUGAAGCAAAAAGAAAUUUAAAAACAUUCAAGCGCUAGCUCUGUGUAACAGUAGAUACGAAAGACUGAAGAGAUGCAUAUUUUAGCAUCAGCUCCUUGUGCUCAUGCCACAGAUGCCUACAGAAAGGAGAAAAUUCCUUUCAGUGUGCUAAAACCUGGUUUAUCCAUAUAUGCGUUAGAAAAAAAUUAAACAAGAUAUUUCUACAGAGUAACAGGAUAUGACUUACCUCAUAAGAAGACUCAAGAUAAAAGUUCUUCUCUGGCCUGUUACCACCCCAUUUAGUAAUUAACAGCUCUGCUCCUUCCUCCUAUUAGGAAGAAGCAAGUCUUUCUACAUUAAUAUACCCCUCAUAUUCCACAAUUUAAAACUCAGUUUAAACUCCUAUCAUUUUUUAAUUCAAUCAGACAAACAAAAAAUGUAUGAAGAUGGUUGUAAUUAAACAGUGCAUCAGUUUGGAUUGUUAUUGUCCUAAUUCUCUUAUUAGUGGUAUAUCAAAGAUGCACUUUGGAAGCAAGAUUAGGUAUUACCUGUCAGUAUGUUGCACUCUAAUGCCUGGGGCAUCUUAAAUGGUAUAGCUCACAUACUAGAGAUCAUCCCUUACCUAGUAGUAAUAAGAUUCCCCAAAAUACAAACCCUUACUAUUUAGAUGUUUUCUGAGUAUUGUGGUAUCAAAGCACUUUGAGAUUAAAAGAUUUUUAAAUGGC